AGAGAGGAGCAGAUGAAGAUGGAUUCUGAGAGCUCAACACACACUAGAAUGGAUUCGAGGUCUUCUCAUAUGUACCUGCAGGUGUGGUGUGGCGUCCUCACUGUGGCCAUGGUGGUUAUGGCUGCACUUGUCAUUUCAAACCACCCAAAGUUAACUGAGGAAGAAGUCUCUACACUGAAACCAGAUAAUGUCAGUCCAACAGGUCCAACAGCAGUCAACAGUAUUGUGGCUUCACCCGGAUCAACUCCCUCCUACAUCCAGCUAAUCAUGUUUCAUCAUAAUGACUCCUGGCAAGAAGCACCCCCCAGCUGUCGCUCCUGCCCUCUCUCCCUGAGUAACGAAUCCAUCCACUUCAAGAAGAGCAGCACCUACUUCAUCUACGCUCAGGUCAACUUCAGGAAGCCGAAGCACCUUGGGAGGGGACAGCGAUCUGUGACUUUGAAAAGAAAUCCCACGAAUGGUAGAGGUGAACUUGUACUGGUUGAGGGGACAUUUCCGGAAACGACAGUCGGCUCCGUGUGGGUCGGUAAGAUUGUAAACCUCAGUAAGGGAGACAGUGUGAGCUUAGAAAUCACAGCAGAAUUUGCGAAAGACAGCCAGUUGACCUUCUGGGGAGCCUUUCAGCUUCAUUAGCACUGCUGGUCUCAGGAUGUGUUACUAUACACGAGAGAGUCAUUUGGGGUUAGACUGGUAUGUUUUAAGUAGGCCUUGCCUUGCCUUUAUGUAAAUGUAUCCAGAGAAGCUGUUAAUCACCUGCAUUUUCCUUCAAUAUUUUAUGAUAUAAACUCAAUUUAAGGCCAACAAGUGAUAUUUAACUAUUACUGAAUGAAAUAGUAUUCAGUCAUGCAACACUAAAAAGCUCAAAUCUGCAUCAGGCGGACUGGGAAAGCUUUACCACACAUUUAACCAACCAAUUAAAAAAAGAAAACGUAAAGAUAAAAGGUCAAAUGUAUAGGCCAUUUGACCUUUGGACAAACAUUUCAUUAUGUGUCAGUCUAACCUUAAAAUGUCUCUACUUUCAAGUAUGCCAGGUGGUUCUCACUCUUGAAAUUGUGUGGCGUUUGGUGGUCAUUUCUAAGCUAUUAGGUUUUACGUAUUUUAAAUGUAAUAUAAACUGUGACUGCCAUGAGCAUGAAUGUUUUUUCUGCUAUCUGCUUGUGUAAUUUAUGAAGUGUAAUAUCAUAAUUCUCUUUCAAUGAGGAGAAGAAGGGUAAUAAAGUUUGUAUUAUUUUAACCUUUGAGUCAAUUUACCGACUUUUUAUUUGUACAGUCGACCACAUGGUGGUGCCAUGUUCUAUG